AUGGAAAAGUCAGAGAUGGGCACCGCCAACAAGCCGGUCGCGGAGAACUCCUCCAUGGACCAGGUCCAGCAGCAAACCUCCAUCACCUCGGGGGAGUCGGUGCAUGAGAAGAAGCCGUGGUGGCAUCCGGUCAUUGAGCCUGGAUCCGCGGUUCAAAUCAUCAUCGCCGCCGCCAUCGCCGUGGGUAUUGGCCUGGGUGUCAAGUCCGUCCACCCGAACAUCCCCUCGGCGGCGACCACCAUCCUCAUCAUCCCUGGAAACCUCUGGUUGAGGGCUCUCAAGGCUGUUGUCCUACCCCUCAUCGUGACGGCCAUGAUUCUCGCCGUUCAGAAACUGAAGGAAAUCAGCCACGGUGGUGCCAAGCUGGCCAAAUGGACCAUCGGCUACUACGUCAUCACCACCAUCGUCGCCAUCGUCCACUCCAUCAUCAUGACCUCCCAGGUCUGGGCGCGCCUCAUGACCGCCGCCUCCGCGGACUCCAUCAACGUCGACGGCAUGACCGAGAAGGACAAGGAGGCCUACGAAGAGCGCCAGGACCAGGACAUCGCAGCCACUGUGACCGAGCUCUUCAACUCCCUCAUCCCGGCCAACGUCGUCGACGCCCUCGCGUCGGACCACCUGCUCGCCGUCCUCGUCACCGCCGUCGUGGUAGGCUACCUCCUCGAUGACCGCGGCGGCAAGUCUUCCAUCCUGAAGGCAUGCCGCGAGAUCGAGGCUCUCAUCAUGGUCAUCAUCACGUUCCUCAUCAAGCUCGCCCCCAUCGGUGUCUUCUUCCUCAUCUUGCCCAACAUGUUCAAGCUCGACAUCAACGAUAUCGGCGUAAACCUGGGUAUUCUGAUGGGCGGAGCCAUCAGCUCGAUGUUCCUGCAUCUCUUCAUCAUCCUUCCCAUCAUCUUCUACGCCUUCACUCGCCAGAACCCUUACACUCUCUGGUUCUCGUGCUCCCCCGCCUGGCUGACGGCGUGGGGUACGGCUUCGUCCGCUGCCACACUAUCCGUGACGAUGAAAUGCGUCCGCGAAACACUCCGCGUGCCAAACACCAUCACCAAGUUCGCAGUGCCUCUGGGAUGCCUGGUGAACAUGGACGGAACGGCCAUCUACUUCCCCAUCGUCGUCGUCUUCCUCGCCCAGACGCAGGGCCACGUGCUCAACGCGGCGGACUACAUCAUCAUCCUCCUGCUCUCGACGCUGGCCUCCAUCGGCACGACCCCGAUCCCCAGCUCCUCUCUGGUCCUGACCGUCAUGAUCUCCUCCAGCGUCGGCAUCCCGCCCAGCGGCAUGUACGGCGUCGUCGUCGCCAUCGACUGGUUCAUCGAUCGUUUCCGCACCGCGACUAACGUCAGUGGUGAUCUGUUCGCCGCCGUCAUCGUCGCGAAGAUGACGGGCAUCGAGGAUCCCGAGGAUGGGUCGGAGGAUGAGGUCGCUGAGGUCAGGCAGAACGACGAGCGUGUCUAA